AUGGACCCUCAAGUGCCUGGGCCAUCAUCCCUCCUCUCCAUGCUCUCCACUGAUAGCAUGCCAACAUCGUCUUCGAGCAGCGAUGGCGAGGAACGCCCAACACCUCCAGUCCCAUCACUAGUCCAAGCAAACAUUGCUAAAACCGGCGGUUACCUGGAUGCCAUUAUUGAGGAGGAAUCGGACGACCUACGCUCAAUAUCCAGCGCCUCUUUUGCCUCGCCGCGUACAGUCAUUGAGGGAAACAUCGAGAAAAACAUUGAACAGGUUCCGAAAGGCUCGGUUAGCCCAUUUGCCGGUGUGCUGCAGCCAGUCGCCGAGACCAGCCUUCCUUCUAUGGUUGAGCUCGGCGAGCCGAAAGAGGAGGACGAAUCGAAGAUCUCUGAGGGUGAAUUGACAGUGAAGGAAGUUAAGAUGGAAACAAAAAUCGAGGGGUCGGAAGAGAAGCCAGUGAAAGUGUCUGAAGAGCGGAUUGAGCACACUGUCGUCCACUCAGAAGGGCCGAUCAUCGAGGAGCCGAUCUCCCCACCGCCAUCUCAAGAUUUGCUCAAAGGCCUUAUUCAACUUUCCCAAAGCGACAGACCUGAAAGCGAAACACCCCAUCACGUACCCGAGCAGCACUCCAUUUUAAGCCAGAUGAUGGCGGAAUCCCGGGAGAUCGAGGAAAACCUCGACCCCUCCUACCUCCAAGAACUUCAUACGCCUCGCGACGCCGACCGAGAUCAAACGGAAGAGAUUGUUUACCACGAGGAAACGAAACCCGUCCCGGAUAUGGAGCUUGAAGAGACACAAUCCCUGGCCUCGGUCUCCAUCACCUUGGACCAAUCGAGGGAUUCGGUGUUGGAUACGAGCCAACCGAUUGACGAGUCGCUGAUCGUGGAACAGCAGAUGAGUGGUUCGCGACCAAUGAUGCCUCCACCUUCACCACCCUUGGAUUUACCGCCACCUCCGCCUCCACCACCACCGCACAACACGGGGCCGAGCAGCCCCGCAAAGAUCCCCUCCGGUAACGGCCCGUCGGCAUUUUCGUACACGCGACCGGGGAACACGGGAAACUAUGCGGUUCCCACAUUCGGUUCCAAGCAAGCCAGCCCAAAAGAAGCGAGCCAAGACGACGAGGUGGUGAUCCCAUCCAAUACCACUUUCACUACCACCGUAACCCGCAAGUCAACGUCGUUACGGCAAGAGAGCCCCGAUCUCGAAGUGGAUAUUGACGGGGCGAUGCGACGUGCUGCUAGAUAUGGUCAAACUUAUGGCGACGCCGCGAUGAGUCACAUGCGAAGUGCCCAUGAAGAUGGCGCCUACUCCCCACCAAUGGAGGCGCCACCUCCGCCACCUCCCAACUACACCGUCACCCAUCCGCCGACGGUCGGUGGCAGCACAAAAUCGUAUUCGCGAGAAGACCUAUUGUCGGAGCCAGCUCCGUCCCGGUCGACGAUCCGUGAGAUCCCGGUCCAUCGGGCUCCAUCGGCUGCCGCAUCUUCCGUCGAUUAUUCCCGAGCCCUAAUGCCAUCAUCUGGGUACGAUCCGCGGCCAGACCUUGGCGAUGAGUACUACCGCAGAGAGGUUAUCUCACGAACGGUGAUCACUCGUAGCCAAGAGACAUUGUCACAGCCGCCACUUGGACGAAGCAGCCCUAUCGAACGAUAUGUCUCGUACCCAGACCCGAAUACCCGCGAGACCAAGGAAGUCGAAUAUCGUUAUAACGUUACGAAAAAUGUCGAAGAAGAGGAGAGAAGGAUCCGUGAAGCCCAGGAACGCCGUCGUGGCGAAGAAGAACUCCGGCGUCGACGGGAAGAUGACCUCCGUCGUGAAUGGGACCGCAAGGAAAAAGAACGCCUUGAAAUCCUAAGAAAAGACUGGGAGCGCAAGGAAAGGGAGCUCGAAACCGUUCAACAUGAGCGGGAACGCAAUGAGAAAGAUCGUAUUGAUCGCGACCGUGCUGAACGAGAACGUAUUGAACGCCUUCGACGCGCGGAAUGGGAUGCCCGUGAAGCCGAGAGGAGGGCUUUGGAGGAGCAGGAACUUGAGCGUAGACGUCAAGCGGAACGCGAGCGCCUCGAACGCAUCCGUAUCGAAGAAGAACGCAUCGAGCGUGAGCGUAUUGAACGCGAACGAAAGCGCCUUGAAGAAGAACGUAUUCGUCGCGAGCGUGAGGAACUCGAGCGAGUUGAGCGCGAGAGAAUUGAGCGUGAACGGCUGGAGCGUGAACGCAUCGAGAUAGAGCGAAUCGAGCGAAUCAAGCGAGAGCGCUUGGAACGGGAGCGACAGGAUCGUGAACGUGAGCUGGAGGAGCAACGCCGACUGCAGCUGGAGCGCGAGGAGCUUGAACGCAUUGAGCUUGAACGCCGUGAGCUGGAGCGAAAAGAACGCGAGGCCCUCGAACUUGCUCGCCGGGAAGCGGAAGCCCGGGAGCGUGAGCGUCUUGAAGAUGAGGCCAAGGAAGCCCGUCGGCGAGAAGAGGAGCGCCGCGAGCGAGAGCUUUUGGCUGAUAUCCAGCGGCAAGCCGAGGAAAGAGAGCGGCUUCGACGACUUGAAGAGAUGGAGGAGCGCGAUCGACUUGAGCGAAUCCGCCUCGAACAAGAACGUCUCGAGAAGGAACGGAUCGAGUUCGAAGCUCGUGAGCGCCAACGCCGGGAUGCCGAGCUUCGCGAGCAAGAGUUGAUUGCCGCUCAACGAGGUGAACGUGAGCGCCGUGAUCGUGAGCGUCAGGAAGAUGAGCUCCGUGAACGCCAACGCCAGGAAGAGGAGCGCCGGGAACGUGAGCGACGCGAGCGAGAGCGCCAAGCUGCCAUUGAGCGAGAACGACAAAGGCGAGCUGAAGAAGAUGUUGAAGCGAAGAGGCUUGCCGAACUUGAGCGACUGAAGAACGACCGUGACCGCCAACGACAGGCCGAAAUCGACCGUGACCGCGAACGGGCAGAGCUUGAGCGCCGGGCCAUUGAGCUGAAGGAAUGGGAGCGCAAAGAAGCUGAACGACGGGACCGAGAACGUGAGGACGAGGAACGCCAACUUCGUGAUCUGAAAGACCGCGAAAGGCGAAACCAAGAGAUCCGUGAAAAGGAACGCAUUGAAGCCAUUGUCCGAGAGGAGAAUCGUAGAAAGGAUGAUCGGCGCUCUCGUGAACAUUUGGAUCACCUGAUCCGUGAGAAAUCCGAGAAGGAGCGUUUCGAGAUCGAGAAGAGGCGUCUUCUGGAGUUGAAGGAGGCCCGGGAGAGGAAGAGGAACGAUUUGACCUCGCCUGAAACGCUUGGAAAGCUCGUCCGGCCGGCUUACUUCAGCCGCGAAAACUUGUCGGGUCCUGGAGCGGAAUACACGACCAAGGUCGAACGCCAGGUGAUCGAGCGUGUGGAUCGUAACUUGUUCAUUGAUGAUCACACCCGAACUUAUCCAAUUGGGCUUGGUGGAACAUCACUUGGUGCCAUUGGUUAUCGCGAGUCGCCACUUGACGUGACAAACGAGGAAGAGCGGAGGGAACGGAUGUAUAGUCAGAGAGUCGAUGAUCUCAACCGCUCAAACUCUGCCCGCAACUCUCGCCUCAAGUCCAAGGUCGAAAAAGCCCGCCGCGACUUCAUCACCGGCCAACCCGAGUCGUCGCAAGACUCGGCAUGGCGCUCGCAGCAUGACGAGAUGCGCCCGAGACCGGAACUCCGCGGACCCCUCCUCCAGAAGUUCCAUUCAGGCCAAUUCUCCAGCCGCCCCGAAGAUAUCAACGUACCGUACCCACGUGUCGGACCGUCUCCAUACAGUCAGGAAUUUGAUCGAUUGCUGGAGGUGGCUGAGCGGAAGUAUGCCAACUAUCGGAACCGGUUGUCGCAGCCGAAUCUCUACAGUAGGCAACGGCACUUCUCAACAUCAUAUCUCGAGACGGAUAUCGACACUGGGCGGCCCGAUUUUGCCACCGAUGUUCGCCAGGUGGAAGAGACGAAUUUGGAUGACGUUCAUCGUCGAUCUGGUAGUGUGGUUGAUUACCAUCGUCAAAGCCGACGGGAUUACCUCGAUCGAGGCGAAGAAGUGAGCCACACCAGGAGCAAGAGCGCCGACUAUCUCUUGGACAGGCUCCAACGGGAGGAGACCUUAGCGCCGGAGAACGAGCUCCAGAAGAUGGCCCCAUCCCCUCGUAGUACGCAACGUAUCUCUGAGCAUGAACUCCGAUUCCGCAAGAGUACCGAACGACUCCCGAUUCCGGAUUGGUAUCGUGAAAAUCGUCCGACCGUGCGUCCCACUGACGUUGAUAUGACGCUACCACGGGCUACAUCCGGAUAUGAUUAUCGUGCGACACAAUCCGCCACAACCACCCCGAUGGAACCAUUCAUUCCACGCGGAAUGUUCGAUCGGUAUCGGGAUGAAAUUGAGGAUGUUAGGAGGAGUCGCACAUCUCUUCACCAAAUGGAGCCACCUCGCCAGGCUCUCCGGACAGCCCCAAUGCCUGCACCCCGGCGAACCGUCUCGCACGAGGUAAUCGCUGUUUCGCGCUCCGAUAGCAGACAAAGUCUGGAGGGUCACCGUAACCUACCAGGAUACACUGUCUCUGAGGUCCCGGAGUCCUGGAAUCUAGGCCGCAGUCGUGCUUCUAAAGUCGUUGAGGUAGCCGAUACCUUUGUUGGUCCACGAAAGAGCUAUGGAGGUUCCAGCGUCCGCUAUGGCGGCAGAGUCACCAUCGAAGAAGUUCUCGACUCAAUCUUCCAACAAACAGCCCCAAGAGAAACGGGAUACGUCGCCGAUGGGAUUCCGCAAGGCGAAUAUACGGCCAACUAUGAUGGUCCAUCGAUUUACACCAAGAAUUAUAUGCUGAUGGACCAAGUUGUACAGCAACCGGAACGGGCCGAGGCUUUGUUGCAGAAAGAGAAGCUUUUCGUCCGAUGCUCACAUUGCCAUAAAACAAAGGAGCUACCAACGGCCCGAAUGCACUACGUCUCGUGCAAGCACUGUUAUUCUUACUACUGUAGCCGAAAUUGUCGAGUGAGGGAUUGGCCGAAACACCAGGGUCGAUGCUCAUAUGCACGAAUCAAUACACUGUGCAAAGAUGUUAUCAUGAAGGUUCGCGACGACCCUCAAGCCCAGCUUUACAUGAGUAAAAUAGCGCGAGAAGGCUAUUCAGCGAGAGGACGCGGAUCCGUCAACAUCCGAUUGGCGAGCCCGGAGCAAGCUAGGGCCUAUGUAACUCAUGGCUGGGCUGCGUUGGAAGUUGUUCCGAUGCAAUACCUGCUUUUCUACUAUACCACCGCUGCCCUAAUUUCUGAGCGUAAGGAGCCGUCACUUGUAGCGCUGUGUCGGCAGUAUGAUCCGAAUGAAAAAUUCAUCCUCUCGGUCUCUAUUAUUGCCGAUAUUGAGCAUUGUCCACAAACGCCACCCCCUGAAACCGUUGAUUAUCCACAGGAAUCUAAUGGACACUCCCGCCAACGCCAUGAAUCCCAAGUCCACUUUAGCCCUGACAUCGCUAGUGCCAACGCCUUCUACAACAAUGCCCUCGUGCCCACUGAUGUU